UGAUUCCGAAACACUGAUCAUCCUGUUGGGAGUUGGCGUGUUUCUCCUUGUCCUUGUGAUUAUUCUUCUCAUCUUUCUGAUCGUCAAACUACGCAAAA